CAGGUAUCGCCAGACCUCGAUCGUCCUUUCUAUCUCUCUGAUCACCUCACUCUCUUUCUCUCCCUCUCUCUCCUGCCAUCCAAGCAAGCAACUAAGUUCCAGGAGAAUAAUACACAGUUGAGAGAGAGAGAGAGAGAGAGAGAGAGAGAGAGAGAGAGAGAGAGAGAGAGAGAGAGAGAGAGAGAGAGAGAGAGCAUCAGCAGCAGAAGGAAGAGGCGAUGUGCUGCGGCGAGGUGAAGCCCGGGAAGAGCCAGAAGUGGUGGGCGCAGAGGCACCUCAACGUCGGCUUCAUGGUCGGCGUUCUUCUCUUGCUCCUCACCUAUCUCGCCGUCUCGCAACAGUUUGCGAUCAGCGCCACCUAUGUUGUCAUUGCGGAGGCACAACGGAUCACAGGCAAACAGCUGAUCAAAGCUCCUAAUGAAACAGAUAAGGGCAAGGUGGUGUGUGAGACGGAGGGCCGCUUCUCCGAAUCCUGCGAAAUCGACGGAGACGUCCGCACCAACGGCACAGCCCUGUCGGUGGUCAUCGUCCCGACGCGCUGGUCGGAGCACCGCGAAUGGAGGAUCAAUCCGUACUCGCGCAGGAGGGUAACCAGCUUCAAGAAGGUCACCGUGACGCAGCUGCAGGACCAGGCCGCCGCCCCACCGUGCACGGUGACGUACAACAUGCCGGCCGUCUUGUUGGCGCUCGGCGGGAAUACGGGCAACUACUGGCACGACCACAGCGACGUCCUGAUUCCGCUGUUCGUCGCGUCGCGGCGGUACGACGGCGAGGUCCAGUUCCUGGUACACAACAUGCAGGAGCGGCCGCAGUGGCUGGGCAAGUACAAGGCGCUCUUGCAGCGGCUCUCCAAGUACGACGCCGUGGACCUGGACGGCGACGCGCACGUGCGAUGCUUCCCGCACAUCACCGUGGGGCUCCGCAUGGACAAGGAGUUCAGCAUCGAUCCCGAAUUGGCACCGGGCCGCCUCUCCAUGGCCGACUUCACCAGGUUUCAGCGCGAGACAUACGCGCUUCCACGCCACGCAGCGGUCAGCCUGACCCGGGAGCCGGACAAGAAGCCGCGGCUGCUGCUGAUCCACCGGGGGCACAACCGCAAGUUUGUGAACGAGCAGGAGAUAGUGCAGGCAGCGGAGGCGGCGGGGUUCGAGGCGGUGGCGAUGGAACUGCGGGGCGACAAGGACAUAGGUGACCAGGCGCGGGUGGUGAACUCGUUCGACGCGCUGCUGGGCGUGCACGGCGCGGGGCUGACGAACGCGGUGUUCCUGCCGCCGGGCGCGGUGCUGAUCCAGGUGAUACCGUACGGGAAGAUGGAGUUCAUCUCGAGGUCGGAGUUCAGCGAGCCCGUGGCAGACAUGGGGCUCAAGUACCUUGACUACAGCGUGACCGUGGAGGAGAGCACCCUGCUGGAGAUGCUGGGACCCGACCACCCGGCGAUCAGGGACCCCGAAUCCAUCCACCGCAGCGGCUGGUUACAGGUCUUCGAUUUCUACCUGAACAAGCAGGACGUCCGCAUCAAUGUCACCAGCUUCGCGCCAACGCUCGCGCAGGCGCUCGACCACCUACGCCAACGGUAGGCUUAGGGAACGCAUGCAUUGAUCCGGACUCCGGAGACGAAGAACCAUAUGCAUUUGCUUGGAGCUGAGGUUAAUUAGCUCAUCGUCAAGUAAUUCGUUAUUUGAUACACCUAUUUCAAUGAUAAGAUCGAUACUAUAUAUAGGCGGUCACUUGUACAAGUAGUUCAAAUCUGUGUCGAGCGACCCUGACUUUUUCUUCUCUAGUUAGUACUGGAGCAUAAAUAAACACUUUUACGA